AUGACUGUCACUACACAGCAACUUGAUGAGACUUUGUCGUCGGCCAACUUGGCCAAGGACAAGUUCACACCGUUUGACCAUUCUGACAUCCCAUUCGAGGAGGAAGAAUGGCCUGUCAUAAUAAUUGGCUCCAGCAUGGUUGGAAAGACUCUCGGUCUUCUCCUCGGUUAUCAUGGUAUCAAGUCGGUCUCGUUUGAUCGCCACUCUAAAGCCGGGGCUCAUCCCCGGGCAGCAGGUCUCAACUUUCGAACCAGCGAAAUUCUUCGUCAAUUGGGAUUAGAAGACUUUACUCUGGAGCAGAGUGGCAAAGAGUUUGAUCUUAACGCCGGAAUGCUUAUCGUCGAGAAACUUGUGGGCGGCAAAGUUAUAAAACACCUCCAAGAGCAUGAUCCUGAGCAUGUGAAGAGGUUUACCCCUUCCAACUGGGUAUGGAUAUCGCAACGAAUGUUUGAACCCAUCUUGGGCCAGAAUGCCGACAAGUUCAACAGCGAGCAACGCCAUGGCCACCAGGUUCUUCUCUAUGAGGAACAAGAGGAUCAUGUUAUUGUCGUCGUCAAGGAUCUGAACAUUGGCAAGAUCAAGAAGUACAAAACGCCAUAUGUCGUUGCAUGCGACGGCAACCGAAGUCCUACCCGCCAGAAUGAGGGUAUCAGCUGGGAUGGCCCAGGCAUUCUUCGAAACAGUCUUGGAGUCAGCUUCAAGUCAGACCUGAGUCCUUUCAUCGGCAAGAGAAUGGUUCACGGAGUCGUUUAUGUGGCAAACAAAGACAUUGGAGGAGGCUUUCGACUGGAGAACGAGGGCAAGGAAGGCAUCAUCAUGGUUAAUAAUGUCGGAUCCAAGACCAGCUUCGAGCCCGGCACCGUCACAACAGACGAUGCCAAACAGUAUUUCUACCAAUUGUCUGGCUUGACUCCUGACCAGGUGGAUCCUCAAAUUAUCUCCAUGAACUACUGGACUAUGGCAGCAUACACUGCUGGGCGCUUCGAGAGUAAAGGAGGUCGUGUUUUCCUCGCUGGAGACUCGGCCCAUACUAUGCCACCAACUGGUGGCUUGGGCGGAAACACUGGAAUAGCUGAUGCUCAUAACCUCGCAUGGAAGCUUGCAUACGUCUUGUCUGGAAGGGCCUCACACUCACUGCUUGCAACGUACAACAUUGAGCGACAGCCGAUUGAUGAGUUCACCGUUGCCCAGGCGUACAAUAGGUUCCAGAACAGAAUCGCUAUGCAAAAGCCCCCAGCUUCAGAGGCCCCAGACGAGUCUAUUGAGCUGGGGUUCAGGUAUCCUGUCGGAGGAGCGUUUGUCCCAGAGGAGAAGUACUCAACCCCCAAGGAGCUCUACGAUGAUCCAGAUUUCCCUUCAGCCGUUCCUGGAUCGCGAUUCCCCCAUUCCUAUCUCGAGGACGUAGAGUCACCCGGAAAACCUAUCUCAACGAUUGACUUGGUGAAGAGAAACUUUCUUCUUGUCACUAUAGACCCUGACUCCCCUUGGACUGCCGCCGCGAAAAUGGCUUCAAUGGAGAUUGAUGUCUAUACCUUGAACGCGACGUCAUCCCCGUAUAGAGACAUAAAGGGAGACGUGGAGAGGAAAUGCCGCCUGAAGCCGGGUGAGGCGAUCCUAGUGCGACCAGAUGGGUUUAUUGCUUGGCGAGGCACACGGUUUGACAAUGGACAUGAGCAGAAGCUGAAGGAUGGACUCAAUGCAGUUCUGAGAAAUAUCAUGUCGCUUAAGAUCAAUGGCUUCGAUGUUGACGUAACCCCAGUCAUUGCACCAGGGGCUAAAGAGGCAGGGCCUUACGACCCCCUAAAACCUUCGGUUACAGUCCUACCUAAGGGCCACAAGAGGACACCAGCGAACAAGGCUUUCGAAGUCGACACAAUCUUUGAGAAGGAUAUUGUUCUUCCCAUGAGAGAUGGCAUCAAGCUGUACGCCGAUGUAUUUCGACCCAAGACUGAUGAAAAGGUCCCAGCUGUUCUUAUCUGGAGACCGCAUGGUCUCGGCAUGAUUCCUGGCCGAUUCGGCGUGGGUGAAGAUCAGGUCAGCGGUUACGAGAAGUUCGAAGGACUGGACCCCGCUGUCUGGCCCGCCAGAGGAUAUGCUAUUGUGAAUGUCGACCUGCGAGGGUCGUGGGACUCUGAAGGAAUUAUUCCAUGGGUCGGCAACCAAGAUGGCCAAGACGGUUAUGAUGCCAUCGAACAUGUCGCCAAGCUGGACUGGUGCACAGGUAAGGUCGCUCUGGGCGGCAAUAGUUGGCUUGCCAUGGUUCAAUGGCAGAUUGCUUCUCAGCAGCCUCCUUCGCUGGCCGCUAUUGCCCCAUGGGAAGCCAAUGCGGACUUCUAUCGCGACACGCUUGCCCGUGGUGGCGUACCGUAUCCCUAUAGUGCGAUGUGGAAGCUCCUACAAGAUCUCAUGGUUGGGCGCAAUGCGGCCGAGGCACCAAUCUCGAUGCUGGAGAAGUAUCCCCUGUUCAAUGACUACUGGGAGGACAAGAAUGUCAAGUUGGAGAAGAUACAGGUCCCUACCUACGUUCUAGCGAGCUUCUCAACGGCGCUCCAUACUACUGGCUCUAUUCGCGGGUAUCAUGACAUAUCCUCCAAGGACAAAUGGCUGCGCAUUCAUGCUAAGCAGGAAUGGUCUGACUUGUAUCAUCCCGACAGUGUUGACGACCUGAACAAGUUCUACGACUAUUUCGUCAAAGGCAUCCAGAACGAUUGGCCAAGCACCCAGAAAGUCCGCGGAUCUCUUGUUGGGUUCAACCUACCUAACAUCAGCAAUGUCCCUCUUGAAUCAUACCCAAUUCCAAACACGAAGCACACAAAGCUUUACCUUGGUCCAGGCGAGAAGCUUGAAACAGCCCCCGUGGAGAACCCCCACAAUCUUUCUUAUGAUGCGGCAUACGUCCCAAAGCAUCCUCUCGAAGGUGGUGAGGAGGUGCUCUUCAGGUACAAGUUCACCAAGAAGACAUGGCUUAUCGGAUACUCGUGGCUUAACAUCAGCAUCUCCAACGAUGGCGAUGAUGAGAUUGACGUGUUCGCUCAACUUGGCAAGCAGGAUGCUUCAGGGACUCAGUUGGUCAACAUGAACGUUCCCUUGAAGGAUCUUAUUCCUCCUGUCGAGAAGCACACAGACGCCGCGGACACCUGUUUCCUCAAGUACCUGGGACCUACUGGCUCGCUACGAGGUAGCCAUGCUGUAACAAAGGUGACUCCUAAGCCUGGAAGGUUCACGGGUGGCUGGCCUGAGUACACCAACACCAGUCGAAAGGCUAUUCCGGCUGGCACUAUUGCGAAGCUCGAAGUACCCAUCUGGCCUACUGGGAUCAUCUUUGAGGAGGGAGAGUAUCUUACUUUGAAGGUUUCGGGGCAUUAUAUGAGUUUCAUGGAGUUUGACUUUCUGUACGGAGCUGCUCAUGCGAACAAGGGUCGUCAUACCAUUCAUAUCGGGGCCGACUCUAACAGCCAUCUAGUGGUUCCUCUACUGGACCCUCUGGCUUAG